UCAGCUAUUUUCUUUUUUCCUUUGUCCCAUUUGGAUGCCGAUGAGAUUCAAGGAAGACAUCCUGUUUUGUUCAAAGAAAUUCUCCAGAACCCUUAUGCUCUAGCACCGCAACCGAAUGAUCUCAAUGAGUAUAACCAGAAACACACCCUCCAAAUUCAAUGGCCAUAGAGACUACGUAUUUAAAAUAUUUGAAAAUUUGUGGUGAGAGAGAUUUUUGGAUAACUGAGAAUAGGAAGGAUUUUGCCUAGAAUAUCUUCUCUUAAAAGAAAACAGACAUGUCAUCUUUUCUUAUAUCUUUACUUAAAAAUAUAUCACGUUGAGUCAAUAUUUGUGACUUUAUCAUUGUGGAUGAGCCAUGGGUGACUCAUGCAAUGAAAAGUUGAAUUCACCAAUCUCACCUACCCUUUUAUAUAUGGUUGCAGGACACAAGUUUUCAUCAACCUAAAUAGCUUAGCUCCCUCUCCAUAUCUCACAGCAAAGCAUAUUCUGUUGUUCCAGCAAUUCACAUACAAGUUUUUAAGGCAAAAGGCUAGAAGUGAAUCUUCUCCAUUCCUUCUUUAAUCAAAUAUGAAGAAUUUGUCUAAGGACCAGGUUACUGGGAUUCCAAUCACUAGAUCAGCAAAGCCAGUUCAGAAAAUGCCAAGAUUCUUACUUAAAAAUACAUCCCCAUGCUAUAUUCCAACUCCUGCAAAUAAAUCUCUCACGGUCAAGCAAGAUAAAGUAGACUCGUUGCUUAAAAGGAUGAACAAACUAGGGAAAAAAGCUGACAAAUUUGCACAUGGAAUCCGAGAGCAUGUGAGACUGGGGACCAAGAUCACCGAAACUCUGAAAGGGAAGCUCAGCUUGGGAGCUAGAAUUCUCAAAGUAGGAGGAUUGAAGAAAGUUUUUAGACAGUUAUUUACUGUAAGAGAAGGAGAAAGAUUGUUGAAUGCUUGCCAAUGUUAUUUGUCAACCACAGCCGGCCCUAUUGCUGGACUGCUCUUUAUCUCUACUGACAAGAUUGCCUUCUGCAGUGAGAGAUCAAUUAAAUUAUCUUCUUCAGAAGGAAAAAUGGUCAGAAUCCAUUACAAGGUCUUGAUCCCACUAAGAAAGAUAAAGACUGCGAACCAAAGUGAAAACAUAAAGAAGCCAUCACAAAAGUACAUAGAAAUAGUGACGGUUGAUGAUUUUGAUUUCUGGUUUAUGGGUUUCUUCAAUUAUCAGAAAGCUUUCAUGGGGCUUCAGCAAGCAAUAUCACAAAAUUGGAUGAAUACAAGUCAUCCAAAUGUCUAAACAAAGUUGACUCUCUUUUCUGCAUCAGAUGUAACUAAACAGCAGGAUGACUGUCAACGAAAUUAGUUGACCAAAAAAAUUGUACAAAAGUUCUUUAGAAUGAGAGUGGUUGAUGAUUUUCAAUGUCGA